GGAGGACGGCACUUCGCACCCGCUCCCUAAGCUUGGCCCCGCCUCCGUUGCUCGGUCCCGGAGGCCGGGCGGGGUGAGUCGAGUGAGUGCGCAGGCGCCUCGCGGCUGGGCAGGGCUGACCGCGGGCCACGUGCAACCGCCCCGCCCACCAGCUACUCCACCAUGGGUUCCUGCGGGACUGUGGGUCCUGUGCGUGCGCGCUACCUCGUGUUCUUCCAGUAUUUGGGCACGGACUUCAAUGGGGUCGCGGCCGUGAGGGGUAAUCAUCGCGCUGUUGGGGUGCAGAACUUCCUGGAGGAGGCCGCCAAGCGCCUGAACUCCGUCGAGCCCGUCAGGUUUACUAUCUCCAGCCGCACUGAUGCCGGAGUGCAUGCCCUGAGCAACGCGGCGCACUUGGACAUUUGUCGCCGCUCAGGUCUGCCGCCUUACUCCCCGGAGGUCGUGACCCAGGCCCUCAACACCCACCUGAAGCACCGCGACAUUCGCGUACUGAAGGCCUUCCGAGUGCCCAGUGACUUCCAUGCUCGCCGUGCAGCCACCUCCAGAACCUACCUAUACCGUCUGGCCACAGGCUGCCCCUGGCCUGAUCAGCUGCCUGUGUUUGAGCAGAAUGUAUGCUGGGCUCUCCAGACAAAGUGCCUGAAUGUGGCUGCCAUGCAGGAGGCUGCCCAGCACCUCGUUGGGACACAUGAUUUCAGUGCUUUCCAGUCUGCUGGCAGCCCAACCACAAAUCCCGUGCGCACACUACAAAGAGUCUCUGUGUCUUCUGGUCCAGCCAGCCCAUUUGUCCUCCCCCAGGAGAGCAGGAAGCUGCAGUUCUGGACGCUGGAGUUUGAAAGCCAGUCUUUCUUGUAUCGACAGGUGCGGAGGAUGACGGCCGUGCUGGUGGCUGUGGGGCAAGGGACUCUGACACCUACACAGGUGAAAGCCAUUCUGGAGAGUCACGAUCCCUUGGGCAAGUAUCAGACUCGAGUUGCCCCAGCCCGUGGCUUGUUCUUGAAGUCAGUGCUAUAUGAUGAUUUCGGUCCUACAUCCUGAGCCCUGUAAGGUCUAAUGUGGAAACCAGCUGACUGUACCUUCAGUGGAGGUGAAGAGCCAAACAGCAGACUGUCUGGCUGUCAGCCUUACUCAACGUUUACUGCACUCAGCAGAGAUUAACCCACAGCUCUGUGGGGCUCUGGUAGUCCUGCCUACCUUCCUGCAGCUCCCACCUCCCCAGUCUGUCCACCGUGGACAUCACUUUGUCACUAAUGAUGGGGUGCCAGGCAGAAAACAGCUGUAAGCACCCAGGUAGCUUCUGAUUCUGCUUUCCUGGGAGCCCCAUCUUCUAGGGACAAGGGAGUAGGAAUAAAAGGCAUAGAGUAAAAAAAGGCCUGUUUAUUACUGUAGCCAGCCUGUGACAGAUCUGUCUCAGGGCACCCACUUCCCAAAGCCAAAGUCCUGGUCCUUCUGCUGGGCAAACAGGAGACAGAGUGGUGGGUUACUGAGGUUGCAGGUCAGCUGGGUGCCUGAGGAAGGCCAUUCUUGAGCAGUGCUGUGAGGAAGCUUCCCAGCUCUUCAUCCUAGAAGAAGGGGAAGCACAGUUACCCACGGACAACCUAAUGCCAAGGAAGUGAGCCCCAGGCAAACCACUGACACCCAUCUUCCUUACCUGGUAGGUCCAGGAGACCAAUAGUACCUUAGUACCAGGGUCCUCCGAGUGAGCAGCAGCCUGGAUAAGAAUGGACUCCACAGUCACAGAGCCAUCAGGAAGGUGCUGUACACAGUGGUCCUUGAGGGUGCUAUAGAGAGGCACAGUAAGAUCCCUGCCUCACCCUGCCUGUAGGGGAAGGGGCAAGGCCAGGGCGCACCUCUUGAGGUGACUGUACACACGUAGGGCUGUUUCUUGCUCCUUGCGUGUGUCCUGCAGGUGCACACGACAGGUGAAGCGCAGUUGGUGCUCAGCCAGGCCCAACUCUUUGAGGGCUUGCUCUGAGGAUACCAGCCGGAAACUCUGUGGGACAAGGGCAAGCUGGUCAGAGGAAGUAUGAAUGCUACCCCCCUCCACCACGUUUUACACACUUACAUUGUCUUUCAUGAUUAGUGUGCCAUGCAAGAGCCGAGGCUUUUUGGCCUCAGGGAGCAGUCCUGUGAGUAAAGGAAUACUGUAGUCAACACAAACCACCAAUUACCUGCCUCUCUCGGCCCGUGCCCCAGUCUCCCCUUCAUACCCUGCACCAUCUCCCGCUUCAGCAGUCCCAGGGAGAUGCCUACAGGAAUGCUGGGGCUUGUGGGCAGCGUCACUGUCUCGCCAUUGGCUGGCAUGUAG